AUGGCGGAACAAAUCAUGAAGGCAGCACACAGCUUGAGAAAUCGUGUUAGGCUAUAUCUGUGUUGCACAAGGAAUAGAGGAGAAGAAUGGGAAGAGUAUUUCUCAAGCCCUAAAAUUUCUCUGUAUGAGAAUCUUCUCAGGAAGAAAUACAUUGAACGUGAACAAGAAGCUGCAAGAAGAUGGUCUCACAAAUGGGGAUUCCUGAAAACACCUCUUGAGGAGUUGAUUGAAGAUGAAAAGACAGAAAACGCAAAGCCCAAGAUACAGCUUCCAGAACAUCUGCAGGUUCGACCUGUGACACCUGUGGAAAAAUACAUUAAGGUGAUUCCAUCUCCUCCAGUACCUAAGACUACUCAGGGAUUUAUUGGGUGGAGAUCAGCUGUUCCAGGGCUGGAACUUGAACGUGUUCAAAUCCAAAGCUGCAAAGGUACCUUUUUCAAGGAUUUGAAGUGGCCAUGUGAGCCCUCUGACUGA